AUGGCAUGUUUUCUAAUUGAGCUUCAAAUAGUCAGUUAUUGUCAUCAAGAUGAGGAAAUGCUUGUAAGAUGGUACAACAUUGAUCUUCAAUUAAUGAUCAAUCAAUUGAUUCACCAUCCAGAAGAU